AUGUCGGUCAAAUUUGAGAAAGAUACGAUCAAGGAGACCACCGAGCAGGUUGGGAACAUCGCGAAAGGAGGCAAACAUGAUUUGGUGCACGAUUUAGGGACGGCGAUAACUGGAGGGAAGGCUAAUGAGGGCACAAAGGGUUACCUGGCCGCAUACAUGAAGGAGCUUCAGACGAAUCCUCUGCGGACCAAGAUGCUGACUUCUGGCACCCUGUCUGGUCUGCAAGAAAUCCUCGCAUCCUGGAUCGCAAAGGAUCGCAAUAAGAGCGGCAACUACUUCACAACCCGCGUUCCGAAGAUGGCUGCGUAUGGCGCUUUCAUCAGCGCGCCGCUAGGCCAUGUUCUGGUCAGCAUCCUCCAGAAACUGUUCCAUGGCCGCACGAGCUUGAAGGCCAAGAUCCUCCAGAUUCUUCUGAGCAACUUAGUGAUUGCUCCUAUCCAGAAUACCGUGUACUUGAUAUCAAUGGCCAUCAUCGCAGGCGCGAAGAGCAUUCAUCAAGUCCAUGCAACCUGGAAAGCCGGCUUCAUGCCUGUCAUGAAGGUCAGCUGGAUCACGUCGCCGUUGGCUCUGGCCUUCGCACAGAAGUUCCUACCCGAACACACCUGGGUGCCGUUCUUCAAUAUUAUCGGCUUCUUCAUUGGAACAUACGUCAACUCAGUCACAAAGAAGAAGCGUCUCGCGGCCCUCCGCAAGAGAUAUCAAGAUGAGAGAGGAGGCAGACCUGACGAUUACUCCGGCGCACCGAAGUACUAA